AUGCUCCUUGAAGACACUCAAGAUCUCGAAGCCGAGGUCACCCUCCUUGAGUCGCGCCUCCAAGAUGCCCGCACUCAACUAGCAGCCUCCGAAUACCCCAGCCCACCCUCCUCAUGGGCCGUUAAAGAACCAUAUAAUACCAAUAAUAACAAACCUAAUACCUCAAUCCGCACAUCUCUUCACGCCCUCCUCCUCCUCUCAGACUCCGCCCUCCCACUAGGCUCCUUCGCCUACUCCAGUGGACUCGAGUCCUACCUAGCACACAACAAACCCUCGCGCACUGCCCCAAUAACCUCCUUCCACCGCUUCCUCAAACUCUCCAUCGCCUCAAUCGCAAGCACAUCCCUCCCCUACGUGCUAGCCGGAUAUCGAGAACCCUCAACCCUCGACACACUAGACAACGACCUGGACGCAUCAACGCCGUGCAUCGUCGCGCAGCGUGCAAGCAUUGCCCAAGGCCGCGCGCUCAUCGGCGUCUGGGAGCGUGCAUUCAGAGUCAGCUUCGCGGGCCCCGACAGCCCGGUUUCUGAGGAAACCGAUGCGGCCGUCGCUGCUAUUGAUGAUUUGUCCGAUGCGUUGAAGUCUUGUCUCGAGGAAGACGAGGAUCUCGGCCCCAAGGGCCACUUUGCCCCGCUGUGGGGUGUGGUCUGUCGGGCUAUGGGUCUGGACUUGCAGCAGACAGCCUAUGUCUUUGUUAUGAAUCAUGCUAAGGCGGUGCUGAGUGCGGCUGUCAGAGCGGGUGUCAUGGGCCCUUACCAGGCGCAGAAUGUGUUGGCUGGUCAGGCGCUGCAGGAUACGAUGAUGAAGCGCAUUGCGCGGGAGUGGAAUACGCCUGUUGAGCAGGCUGGACAGGUUGUCCCUGCGCUGGAUCUUUGGGUUGGGAGGCAUGAGUUGUUGUAUAGUCGGAUCUUUAACUCGUGA